CCACACGGUAUAUCAUCACAUAGAAGCAUCCAAGACCGUCCGUACCAAAGUCACCUCGACGAUGCAGCCGCCCGCCGCCACCGCCGUCCUCCUCCUCCUCCUCUUCCUCCUCGCCGCUGCCGCCGCCGCCGCCUCCUUCCCCGACCGCUUCCGCAAGCGGCCCUCUCUCCCCGGCCGCUCGCCGCAGCAGUACAUCGAGCUCACCCGCCCACUCCCCUCCUCCCUCCUCCCCGCCGCCUGCGCCCACCGCAUCGUCGCCCACUCCUUCGCCCACACCAUCGGCUCCCCUCCCUUCUCCGCCCCCUACUCCCCGCCCCCGCCCUCCCCGCUCUGCCCCUCCCCGCCCUGGUCCGCCGUCGUCCUCGAGCUCUCCGCCUCCUCCCGCGGCGACCAGUACGACCGCAUCGCCGCCGUCUGGCUCGGCGGCGCCGAGCUCCUCCGCACCAGCACCGCCGAGCCCAACGACGGCGGCGUCUUCUGGACGGUCCGCAAGGACGUCACCAGGUACUCCUCCCUCCUGUCCCGGUCCAACCUCGAGGUCACCAUGAUGCUGGAGAACAUCAUCAACGACGAGUUCACCGGAAUCUACCACGUCAACGUCACUCUCUUGUUCUACUCCAACGAGGGGGGCGGCGAUAGGCCGGGGGUUCCGGUGAAUCAGCUCUCCGAUCGAGGGUCGGCCUCGAAUUUAGGGCUUGGGUUGGAGGAAUUUGGUGGAAAUGGCGGAGCUGCAGCCGAAGAUAGUGUCAAUUCAGCUACUUCGUCGCCGGCCGAUCUGAUCUUUCCCGUGUCGGACGAUGGGGACAGAGGUUCUUGGUUUCGGAUCGAGAGGGCGUCGGACCUGCAUUCGAAGCGGAUUCGGAUUCCGGCGAACACGGUGCGCGCGGUGCUCGAGCUCUGCGUGUCGUUCCACGGGAACGACGAGUUCUGGUACUCCAACCCUCCGGACUCGUACAUCAGGGAGAACAAUCUGACGACGGGGCGCGGCAACGGAGCUUACAGGGAGGUCCUGGUGAUGAUCGACGGGAACUUGGUCGGCUCGGAGGUCCCGUUCCCGGUCGUGUUCACCGGAGGCAUCAAUCCCUUGUUCUGGGAGCCCAUCGUCGCGAUCGGCGCGUUCGUCCUGCCUUCCUACGACAUCGAGCUGACGCCUUUCCUCGGCACGCUUUUGGAUUGCAAGGCGCACGAAUUCGCGAUCGGGGUGGCCGACGGGAUUUCGUAUUGGCUCGUCAACGCGAACCUGCACCUGUGGCUAGAUCACGGCUCGAAAAGGGUUCAGGCGAAGUCCGUGGCGUACGCCCCUCCCGCGCAUAGCGUGGAGCGCGAAUCGCAGUUCAAAGAGCUCGAUGGAUCGUUCAAGGUGAAGGCGAAGAGGAGGGAGCAGUUCGCCGGGUGGGUCAAGUCGAGCGCCGGCAAUUUGACGACGAUAGUGUCGACGGAGUACAGAGUCAAGAACUCGAUCACCUUCACUAGGAACGGAACCGAUAAGCUUGUUAGGCAGAAGAUGAAGGCAAGGAGAGGGGUCAGGAUCAAGGACGAGGCCGGCGUCUCGCUCGCCCGGGCGAUCGUCAGGAGGAGCUACCCGCUUCGCGUGAUCACCUCGACGCUACCGGGGUCUAAGAAAGACACUUACGUGGUCGUGACCAACGUUACGCACGCGCAGGUGGAGAGGUAUUCCGACGGGGAUUCAACGAGCUCGGUUCGCAAUGUGCAGGAUUCUAGGGGCUGGAUGGAGGUGAGGGAUCACAAUGUCCUCUCAGGUACGGCCGACACUAGGCAGGUCUAUAGCUACAGAGAUGAAUUCUUCUGCUACUCCAGGAAGGCGGAAGCCGCCGAUGGCAAGCUCGUCGGAGACAAUUCGACGUUAUCUUGCGCGUCGUCGUUGUGACUAUGCUUAUUGUUCCACGCUUAUAUAUGUCCUCUGUAGUUUCUGGAGAUUAGGUAAGAUUGAUGUCUGUCCCCUGCCCAUAGGUUAAAUAUGUAUGAAAUUGGCCUGUACAUAAAUCAAAGCCUUCUGGGUUGAAUUUGGUGUAGAAUUUCAAACACUUUUUGAGUGUA